UGUUUUCGUCCUGCGGUUUUUUGAUUGCUGUUGGGGGAAUUUAACUGCGCAUUCAAACGCAAAAAAGUCUCCGUGAAACGGCGACAUUUGUUUUUGCACACACGCCAUUUCCCAUCUGUCUUCCGAAUGCCAUCUUCCGCGGCCACUGCGGCUGCGGCUGCAGCACCUGCACCGGCACCAAGCGUCGCAACCAAUCGUCUUGCCACUGAGAAGAGCCCUUACUUGCUUCAACGUAAAACAAACAAACAUUGUUCAUCGGAAAACACAGAAAGGGGACAAAAACGGCAAAAGUUCGGCAUUGAGCGUUGUUCUUCUGGAUGGAAACAAACACUGAUCGCACUCGCUUUGGCUGCAGAUCGAUGCAGUGAUCUCAGAUCUGAAAAGGGAUGAUCAUGGUUGCACGGUGAAUGGCUCAACACACGAGAGUUCUUUUUCGACUCAUCGUUCUUCUUUGGUUGAAGGCAGAGUUUUUCGUUUGUUCGCUUUUGCGUCGAGUGUCGCGUGUGAUUCACGGCGCGCGCGAAAAAAAAAGCACGGGCGUUUCGAUAGGAUGCGUGUUAUUGUCAACAAAACAACUCAAACCAUUUUGGAAUCACUGAUGGCGCUGCUGGUGCUGGUAUCCUGAAAUUUUGAUUUUUGUUUUGGUGUAUUCACAGAUGCGCAUAAUCCGGUCGACUGGUAUCCUUGGGGUCCAGAGGCUUUUCAAAAAGCGCGAGAACGGCAGCUGCCAAUCUUUCUGUCGGUCGGCUACAGCACUUGCCAUUGGUGCCACGUCAUGGAGGAGCAGUCGUUCAUGAAUCCCGGCAUUGCCAGUAUCAUGAACAAGAACUUUGUCAACAUCAAAGUGGACCGCGAAGAGCGCCCUGAUGUCGAUCGCGUCUACAUGGCAUUCAUCACGGCCACAACAGGUCACGGUGGAUGGCCAAUGAGUGUCUGGUUGACACCAGAACUGACGCCCAUUUUUGGUGGAACGUACUUUCCGCCAGAGGACAAGUGGGGCACGCCCGGAUUUCCGUUCCUGCUGGCAAAAAUUGCGGCGCUCUGGAGCUCUCGCCGCGACGAAAUCCUUCUCAAAGGUCGCGGCAUCAUGCAGCUGCUCGAGCAAGGCAUCGACGCACGCUUGCAACCAACCGAGGAAAGCAACGAAGGUGCAGUUUCUGAUGCAAAGCAGGAUUCUGCCCGCGACUGGCUCGAAUUGGCCUUCACCAAGUUUGAGGAGGAGUUUGACCCGCAGCUCGGCGGAUUUGGUGGCGCGCCAAAGUUUCCUCGACCCGUGAUUUUGCAAUUCCUGCUCAACCUCUAUGCGCACUUUUCCCGCGUGACUGCGUCGCUGAAAGCGCAAGCUACCGACGCUACCCCUUCACCCACAUCCGCAUCGCCUCGACUUGCAGGGGCGCCGGUCGCUGCGGCGGCGGCAACCACGCUCUCAGCCUCUCCCAAACUCAAAGGCUCCAGGCGCCUCAGCGUGGCAGAGCGCAACUGUCUCCAAACCAUGCGCAUGUGCACAACCACCUUGGACGCCAUGCAUCGCGGUGGCCUGUACGACCAUCUUGGUGGAGGUUUUCAUCGCUACAGUGUGGAUCAGUUCUGGCAUGUUCCGCACUUUGAAAAGAUGCUCUUCGACCAGGCACAACUCGCGCUGACCUAUGCAAUGGGGUUCCAGCUGACUCGAAUACCUGCGUACGCACAAGUGUGCCGGGACACUCUCGCAUACGUGCUGCGCGAUCUUGCCCACCCACUUGGCGGAUUCUUUUCGGCAGAAGACGCAGACAGCCUGCCUUCAGUGACUUCGGAAUCCAAGAGCGAAGGAGCCUACUACGUCUGGUCGUACGAAGAGAUAUCCACCACCUUGAGCCAAGGCGACUGUGCUGCUGGAGUAGCGUCCAACGCGACAGACUUGGCCGUCUUUUGCUACGCGUUCGGAGUGCGUCCACAGGGGAAUAUUCGCCGAGAGAGCAAUCCACACGGCGAGCUUGCGCGUAAAAACCACCUCUUCCAAGAGUACACGCUCCAGGAAACCGCCGACCACUUUCACCUGCCCCUGGCAGACGUGGCCAAUCGCCUCGAGAAUGCACGCGCCAGACUGCACGGGAUUCGUGCCGCACGUCCGCGCCCGCAUCUGGACGACAAGAUCAUUGCCGCGUGGAAUGGACUCAUGAUUUCGGCGCUGGCCAAGGCCGGAGGCGUGGUCGAGGAGCCCUUGUUUAUUCACGCUGCUCAAAAGGCAGCUCGUUUCUUGCGCGGCUCAAUGUACAACACGGAAAGCGGACAGCUCGUGCGAUCUUGGCGGGACGGAUCUGCCUCGAAGGUUGGUGGCUUUCUGUCCGACUAUGCCUUUGUCAUUCAGGGGUUGCUGGAUUUGUACGAAGUGGAUGGCGAUACGACCUGGCUCGAGUGGGCGCUGCAGCUGCAAAGCAAGCAAGACGAGCUGUUUCACGACCCGAACGGCGGUGGCGGGUACUUCGUGACAAGCACGCACGACCCGAGCAUCCUGGUUCGCCUCAAGUGCGAGGAAGACAGCGCUGAACCAGCGGGCAAUUCCAUUGCAGCCAUCAACCUCCUGCGGCUUGCCAACUUGGUCAACCGACCAGAAAUGCGCGAUCGAGCCGCUGCACUCAUCACCUCGCACCAAUUCCUCUUUUCCAACGCCCCGACCGCGCUGCCAAUGAUGCUCUCUGCGUUGCAGUUCUUGCACAGUCCGAACGUGCAAGUGGUACUCGUCACCAAGAACAGUCCGACCGAUGUACCCAAACCCAAAGACGAGCCGACCCGUCCUGCAGCUGCUGCUUCUGCUGCGAGCGAGGCCGCGACCGAGCUUCAGAGCGUAGUCCUAUCCCAGUGCUUUAUUCCGUUCAAAUCCAUCGUGCAUUUACAAUCCGACGCGAGCCGUCGCUUUCUGCGGAACAAGCUGCCGGCCGUCGACGACUACCAGAUGAUUGACAACCAGCCCACCGCCUAUGUUUGCCAAAGCUUUGCCUGCCAGGCCCCCGUCACCAGCGUACGCGAGCUGCGCACCCUUCUUGGCGCGACUCUGCCUGUACAGCCAUUUUCUCCCUAGAGAGUGUCGCGAUCAAGUAUUAUGUACAAAAACUUUGUCAUUCACAUGAAUUACAUGUAUUACACUACACAUACGUCUCC